CUCAUUGACGGGGCUCUCAGAGACGCUGUAGGACAACCGGAUAACGGGAACCGAGAAGGGGGACUGGAGCAAAACGCGUCAGACACAGACGGGGUGCUAUUGUAUAACACAGGCCUUUCUGCAUUUAUUUAUUUUUUUCCUUCCCUCUCCUGGCUGCUCUUGCAAGGAGAAGCGGCUGCUUCGCUUGUAUAUAUUUUUUUCUUCUUCUUCUUCUGCCCUUGUGUUUCUCUCACCGCGGAGGUAGAGACCGAGAGGAGCUGCGGGACCCCGCGUUGCAUCGGCCGCUGGCGGAGGACCUGCACAUGUCUGCGCGGUGAGGGACCGUUCGUUUCCCCGCCCUGAUACGGUUGGAGGACGGCAGCAGCAGCAGCAGCAGCAGCAGCAGCAGGAGGAGGAGGAGGAGGAGAAGGAGGAGGAGGAGGCUGUUUGGAGGGGUGUGAACCGCAACCAUCAAGCUCCGAGAAAAAGAAGAAUUCGCAGGGUAUUAGCAGUCGAAAGGGGAUGCGAUAAAAAAAAAAAAAAAAAAAAAGACGAAUCAGAAGGACAACAGUGAUGCGGCAGCCGAGGUGGGCCCAGAUUGAUGAUUUUAUGAUAUCAUCGUUCACCACCACCAGGACCGAUCACUGAUUUUUAUUGAUAAGGAGAACCGUCGAGGAGGAGAAUAUAAACAGACCUGGAGUUUUGUUUUUGAUGCGGAUAACAGGAAGGGAUUAAUAGGUGCUUGAUUACUGUGUUUCUUUUCCUUUACAUCCGGAUCUGUUCCUGAAUGUAAAGAAUCAAAUAGCCACAUUUAGGCCGAUGACUUAGUGCGAGUGUGACGCCGAUACAGCAGCAGAGCAGAGAGGCGUGUGUGUUUGAGGAGACGCGCCUGUCUGAGCAUCAUCUGGUAGAUGUACUCCUGCACGGGGAUGAUCCACAAGCGAUUCUUCAUCUGUGCGUAAAAAAAAAAAAAAACAACAAAACACAACAAAACCCAGAAGAUUCAGGGAUGAUGUUGCCGCUGCUGCCAUUUCCAACCGGGCUCUGAUAGAGACAGCGAGGCGCGCACCAACCACGCGACUGGACAGCCAGAACACAUCUCUCCUCCGCCUCUGCACCUUUCCCCCCUUCCUUUAUCUCUCACCCCUCUCCUCCCUCCUCUGCUCCCACCUCCACCCCUGGUGCGUCUAUCCAUUCUGAUCAAUUGAUAAUCCAUCGGUGAUUCAGAAAGCCACCCACCUCCUCCAUCCCCUGCUCCAUUCACCCAAGCAUCCUCUUGAACGCCUCUUUACGCACUCACACUCGCGAAGGCACGCACAGACGCACGCAGCUUUCACCGCUUCCGACGCCGUCGCCGCCGCCGCCGCCGCCGUCUACAGCCAGCAUGGAGACGACCAAGCUGCCUCCGUCCAGCCCGUCCUCGCCGACCACCAGCUUCUCGGUGCCGUCCGCGGAGAAGGUGGACGGCUUCCCGCGAAGGUCCAUGCGCCGAGCCCGGCAGAGGAGGUCCCACAGCUCGUCCCAGUUCCGCUACCAGAGCUCCCAGGUGGAGCUCACCCCGCUGCCCCUGCUCAAAGAUGCCCCGGUGGCAGAGUUACACGACCUGUUCUGUAAGAAGCUGCAGCAGUGCUGUGUGCUCUUUGAUUUCCUGGACUGCGUGGCCGACCUGAAGGGGAAGGAGAUCAAACGUGCGGCUCUCAACGAGCUGGUGGAGAGCGUGGCCACAAGCAGAGGAGUCCUCAUAGAGCCUCUCUACCCAGAGGCCAUAAAGAUGAUCUCGGUCAAUAUCUUCCGGACCCUCCCACCCAGCGAGAAUCCAGAGUUUGACCCGGAGGAGGAUGAACCCACACUGGAAGCUUCUUGGCCGCAUCUGCAGCUGGUGUACGAAUUCUUUCUGCGCUUCCUGGAGAGCCCGGACUUCCAGCCCUCCAUGGCCAAACGCUACGUCGACCAGAAGUUUGUCCUACAGCUCCUGGAGCUGUUUGACAGCGAGGACCCCAGGGAGCGGGAGUACCUGAAGACCAUUCUGCACCGUGUCUAUGGAAAAUUACUGGGCCUCCGAGCCUACAUCCGCAAACAGAUCAACAACAUCUUCCUCAGGUUCAUAUACGAAACUGAGCACUUCAAUGGAGUCGCAGAGUUGCUGGAAAUUCUUGGCAGCAUCAUAAAUGGCUUCGCUCUGCCUCUGAAGGCCGAACACAAGCAGUUCCUGGUUCGGGUCCUCAUCCCGCUACACACAGCAAAGUCACUUUCCAUCUUCCACGCACAGCUGGCCUACUGUGUGGUGCAGUUCAUGGAGAAAGAUGCUACGGUGACUGAAUAUAUCAUCAGAGGGCUGCUCAAGUACUGGCCGAAAACCUGCACGCAGAAAGAGGUGAUGUUCCUCGGGGAGAUCGAGGAGAUCCUGGAUGUGAUAGAGCCGUCUCAGUUCAUCCGGGUCCAGGAGCCGCUCUUCAAACAGAUAGCCGCCUGCAUCUCCAGCCCCCACUUCCAGGUAGCGGAGCGGGCUCUUUACUUCUGGAACAACGAGUACAUCCUCAGUCUGAUAGAGGAAAACUGUCAAGUCAUCCUGCCGCUGGUAUUCGCCACCCUCUACAGAGUCUCCAAGGAGCACUGGAACCAGACCAUCGUGUCUCUGAUCUACAACGUGCUGAAGACCUUCAUGGAGAUGAACAGCAAACUGUUUGAUGACCUCACUGCCUCCUACAAAGUGGAGAAACAGAAGGAGAUGAAGCGGGAGAGGGAGCGCGCGGAUCUGUGGCGGGGCCUGGAGGAGCACCAGGAGCGCCGGAUGCAGAUGCUCACGGAGGCCGCCAGGAACCAGCGCAACCUCCAGGAGCGAGGCGAGAGAGGGGACCCGCUGAGCCCCUCGUCCCCCCAGACGGCUCACUCCGACCAGCCCGAGCUCAAACCCAGCGCGGCCUCCUCCGGAGCCGGGGAGAGCGCCACCUAGGCGCAGCUCCACGGGGAUUUGAUAACGAAAACACGCGAGGGAGGGGAGGGUAGGGGACGGGGAGUAGAUGCACAUUAGUUGGCGAAAGUGUUGAGAGACGGAAAAAAGGUACAAAGCGGCUUUAUUUUUUAUUUUUUAUCUUGCAUCAUCGAAGGGGCGCGCUUUUUUGUAAAAAGGCGCCAACUCCGAGGUGACUCCAAGGUAAAGGCUUUGUACCUCUUUUCUGGAAAAGUUGUGUGAAACUGGUUCGCGUUUUGCUGUGCACACAUCGCCACGCGGAUCAGGAGAUGAAUAUCGUCCAAAAGUGCAGACUUGUCCUUUUAACUCACGGCCGGUUUCUCUAACUGCGGGUCAGUACCUUAAAUCGGUAGCUGGCCUGCUCCGAGUCAGCCCAACAGUAGGAGACAAAACGUCUCUUCCGGCGCAACACAACACCGAGCUGAACGCGCGUCCAACGCGUCUCAACACUUAACCGGUCGACUCACGGUCCGCACUGUAUUUAUCUCCUGGUCGGCGAGGGCUCAUUACAUGCGUGGAUAGCACAAUGCAUUAAUAAACAAACAAAGCAAUUUCACACAAACGUCCCAAAACUGUCGCCGCACGGACCAGACACACACACCAACACGCACUCACACACACAUGCAUAUUUACUGUAAAUACCAGAAGGUACAAAGAGUGAGUCCGGGGUUCAAACAAAUCCUCCAUCUGAUUGACUGAUGCACCAAAAUGUUCCCCACACACACACACAAACACUCAUGCAGACACACACAGCUGGUUCUGGUACCCAAUCCUCUCCCAAUCUGCCGGGUUCCACCAAAGGACGAGCCUAAAGUCCCUCAAAUAACCACUGAUGAAGAUGACGAUACUGAUAUAAAGUACAAUAAUGUUCCUUCUUCUUACUUGUUACUCUACUACUACUACUCUACUCUACUCUAAGUACUACUGAUGAUGAUGAUGAUAAUGUUUUUAUAUAUAUACAUAUGUCUCUGGAUAUUUCUGUAGUGUAUUAUGGGAGAAACACUAGUGUAGCAGAUACCAUAAAGGGGAAGGCCGACUCGAAUUCUGAAUUCACAUCACACGCGUAAUGUACGAGGCCAUAAAUGUGAGUGCUGAAAUUCAGCAGAAUUCCCCUUUAACAGACCUUAAAGAGGGGGCGGAACGAACUGGAUGGAGGGCGGCUGAUUCUUUUAUUUUUUUCCCUUUUUGUGAUAUUUGUGGUGGUGUAAUUUAGAAGGAGGCGUUUCUUAAAGUUCCCCCUCCCCCACAAAAAAACAAAAAACAAAAAUAAAGUUUUAAAGGUGCCCUGUGGAAUUUUUUUUUAUGUUUACAUUCAAAGUGCCAGGAGGCCUCACCGAAAAAAAAAAAAAAUGCAAAAAUUAAAAAAAAUUGUGUUUAUUACAUUUGUACAGUAGCAUCUUUAAAAAAAAAAUAUUUUAAAACCUACUUUGUUUACAUGUUUACCAGCUAGCCGUCCUCUUCUUCCUCACGGCCUUAGCGGGAGCAUUGCUACAUUGUUUUGCACUCUACUGCCACCAACUGUUGAUCAGUGGAAUAGUGUAAAAAAUAAAAUAAAAUUAAAAACCCGCUCAUGAUAUAUUUUUAUUUUAUUUAUUUAUUUAUUUAUUUCUGUCAAAAGUUCUUCAGGGCACCUUUAAUUGCAACGCUGCGGCACAUUAAAACGAGGUGGUUAGGAGUUUUUUCCCAAAUUCAACUAAUUGCUUUGUUUACAUUCAAAAAAAAAAAGUUGAAUUUUGUGACCUGCUACCGCAUCACCAAACUAACCCAACACAGAAAACACGAGGGAAAACCCCGAAUGAAGCGCACCACAAGUAUCUCAAACCAAAAGAAACACGCGCCAUCACAGUCCGGUUGGAUUUCUGAACCCGGAGCGUCUGUAGACGGAGCAGCCUCCGCGCUGCUGGAUGGUGACCAUUUUUUUUUAUUAUUAUUAUUUUUUUUCUCGGUGUGAACCAACAAAAAUCAGUUUAUUCUUGUCUGAUCAUUACAAUAGAGUGAUAGGAUAAAGAGAGGGCGGAGCGGGGGGGAAAAAAACAACAGAAAAAAAAUUAUUUUAGCAAUAUUUUCAUUCUUUCAGGAUAAUCUGUGUGUUUUUUAGGGGGUCAAACAGGAAGUGGGCGUCACACUCAAAUGUUUACCCUCCCCACUCUUGUUUUUACUCCUGUUGCGUCCUUGAUAUUCACAUUAUUGUCUUAAAGGUGUGUAAAUUUAUUUGAUGAGAAAAUAAUUUUGCUUUGUAAUUAUGUUGUUUAUUUUCUCGUUGUUUCUUUUUGUAUGAUCUUGCUCAUUUUGUGGAAUACCGAUGCUAUUUAUUUUCUAUUUGAUCAGGAAAUGUAUCUUUAUUUGAAGACGAUGGUCAGGUUGUGUGUGUGUGUGUGCGCGCGCGUGUGUGUCUGAGUGCGCGCGCGAGUGUGUUGGUGCGUAUCCGGCGAGUGGAUCGGUGAGUUGGAGACAUGCGUAGAUGGAGCGGUAGAAAACGAGAGCUUCUUAUUCUCUCUUUCUUCUUCUCUCCUUCCCGAGGGACAGGGUUUGAAUCUGAAUGUAUCGUAAAACAAACUGAUUGUUUUUAUUUUUUAUUUUUUAAUGCUUGGGUUACCAGUCGACUGCUUCGUAACCAAACAUUCAAAAGCCCUUUGACCUGCAGUUUUCCUGCACCCUCACUUCAAAUCAUGCCUGAAUCAACCAUGUGUUUUUAUUUGUUUGUUUGUUUUGUAAAUCCAUUUGGUUUGUAACGUUUCAAACGGAGUCAGGAAUCUUAAUCCUUGCCCUCGCUUUGCACAAAAGAGGCGUUUUAGUUGUUGAUUGUGCGGCUUUUAACCACGUAGGGUCCGAGAUCCAAGUCAUAACUUGUGAGACAUAUAUCCGGAUAUUGUCAAAAGUAAAUGCAAUGGUUCCUUAUUGAGCUCGGAUACAGUCGUUUUAACUAAAUAUCUCCUCAUGGAACACGUCCUUUCUGCUCAGUUGUGCAUUGGAGCUGCAUUGGUCCACGUUGUGUGGCUGAAGUAUGGAAGAUGUUUGGGAUGCAUUGAAUGUACUGUGACGUGAUGGCUCCCAACCCAUGACUGUAGAAACUGGAGACAGUUUUAGAUGAUGCAAAGCUCUGGAAAAGAGCUAGAGAGGAUGAGAGUCCCAGUUAAGAUGAAUACACAUAAACAUAAACCAGUGGUCUGAUUCUCAGAUUAUUAAGAGGCUGCAUCAUUUUUCCCUCCAAUUCUUAACAAAAAAUAGGGAAAAUCCAAAGAGAAGCAUCAAACUUGUGUUUCAUUUCAGCGCCUCAGUGAUCCAAACUAGGGCUGUCACGGUAAACCAAUAUCGAUGAUGAUCGUGGUACUAGAUAAAUGUGUUAAAAAUUUGCAUUAUCGUGAUAAUAUCAUGUAAAUCAGUGGCUCUCAACCUUUAUUUUGAGGUCCUGGAUCUCGUCAUCAAAAAUGAGCUUAGCUUAAUUUUGAGUGCUAACCUGAACAUGAUCGUUUAUGAGUUUCCCACAACACCUCCCUGCAGAUGUUUCACAGUUAAGAGCAUUAUUAAGAAAUGAAUGGUGUGUGCCCACUGAAGCAAUAGGGACCUUAUAAUUUGAAAUGGAUGCAGAUCAGUUUGCAUUAGCAGCGUCACGCAGUGACUUUGAGCAAUGAAACCCGGGAGCGAGAUCUGCUAAUAAAAUACAGUAAAUUACACUUGUGCAACAGAUGUAAUUAGAGAAAAAAUGCCCUCUGUAGUUUAGGUAGAUAAAAGUCUCAGUUGAGUAAAACAAUCCUAUUUCUAUACAUGUCUAUAUAUGAUAUUUUUUAAACAAUAUUUUAUUUUCACGGACCCCUUUGCAAUUACACCACAGACUAUUAGGGGUAUUAGAUAUCUGCUGAUUUCGCGAUAACAUCGUUUUAAUAAUAUCGAUAAUAUCAUGAGAUUCUUUUGUGAAGUAAAAAUCUGAUAUCAUGAUAGCCCUAGUCCAAACCAGCAAAACUACAAAACACACAUUUGGAAAAUGAUAAUGAGAAGAUAUAAACACCUUUGAGCAAAUGAAAAAUGUUUAAUUUCGUUUUCAAUUUGGACCCAAUGGGCCUCGACGUCCAGGCUGGGGGACACGGACAUUCCCUGAUUCUUCUCCGCGGACCACAAUAUUGUUCAUGUUUGUUAUUUCAGGCAGAUUUUUUAUUUAUUUUUUUGUUUCUGUGCACGGAAUAACCCUAGAAGUGUAGUGCACUAACUCACAUUGGUCUCAGGAACCACAGGAAAAUGCAUGGAUGGAGCUGGUUUGAUAGAAGUCUUUCACCUAAAAUCUUCACCUGGCAUUCAUUCAUACUCUGGCCAGACAAAGCAAACCCAUACUUCCGCUUCCACUUGGUUGGAUUUCUAACAUUGUGUUGAUUCAGGCAUGGAGCACUCAACAACUCCACUGAAAAGAGACAAAACCUAAAACCUCACUCACAUGAAACUGAGUUUACGUCUUGAUUUCUAUUUUUAGUUUUUGGCUAGCUUGCUCACAAACCUCCGCGACCGUCGGCCGAUCAGAGAUGAGAUGUGGCCAAAUUUGAAACGGGCUCGAUGAAAACAGCCGGGCCGAGUUAAAACCACAGAGCAGGAGAAAGACAGAGGAAAGAAAAGACUUAGAGUUAGACACGAUAGAAUGGCAAUAAGUCAGAGCAACAGAAUGAGAAUACCAUGUUACCGAAACCUACAACCGCAUUACGUAGCAACUUCACUGAAUUUCUAGAUUUGCACUGUCUGCCCAAUGGUCUGUGUUUGUUGUGUUGAAGAAAAAAACCAUAGAAGAGAUGACAAAGACGAUGCAGAAGAAGAAGAAGAAGAUGUAUAUUUUGGGGACCAACACAGCGGUGGUGGUGGGAGGGGGGGUUGAAUGUAGAGAGGCUUACUACUGUACGUAACAUUACAGGGGAGUGUAGAAUGGAGAAAAAAAAAACUAUGUGAUAAAAAUGAAACUUCACUUUGAGAAAACA